UUUUAAUAAUGAAACGAACCAGACGAACAUCAACCACAAGAGCUUAGCUAGCUAGAAGAUAGAGGAAGAGGAAGAAGAAGAAGAAGAAGAAGAAGAAGAAGCAAGAGAAGAAGAAGACAUGGGUGUUAUAAGAUCAGCCAUCGGCGAUUCAGUCUUGACAUCCAUGUGGGUUUUUAACUUGCCGGUGAUCGGACUUCUCGCCGGCCGAGCAUCCGACUUUCUCCGAACCCAUUACAUCUCCCUUCCAUUUACAGGUCUUUUCAUAACCAUACUCUUAGCCACUAUUAACGUCUUGCUCUUCACCUUACUCGGCACUCUUCUUGGCGGCGCCAGCUUCAACCCAUCCACCACCGUCUCCUUCCACGCCGCCGGUCUCACCAAACCGGGUUCUUCUCUCAUCUCCAUGGCCGUCCGUCUACCAGCACAAGCCGCCGGAGGAGCAAUCGGCGCAAUGGGAAUCUGGCAAGUGAUGCCAGUAGGAUGGCUCAAGGGUGGUCCUUCUUUGAAAGUGGAUUGGCAUACAGGAGCUUUAGCUGAAGGGUUACUAGCUUUCGCUCAUUGUCUGAGUGUGCUUGUUGUUGUGGUGAGAGGUCCGAGGAGCGUUUUUGUGAAGGUUUUGUUGCUGGCUAUGGUGACUACUGGUUUGGUUCGGGUCGGGUCGGGGUAUACAGGACCGUCGUUGAAUCCGGCGAAUGCUUUUGGUUGGGCGUAUGUGAAGAACUGGCAUAAUAGUUUGGAGUUGUAUUAUGUUUAUUGGGUAGGACCUUUGGUUGGAGCAACAAUGGCGGCUUGGGUUUUCAGGGUUCUGUUUGCUCCUUCCCUGGUGAAGAAGAAGAAGAAGAAGAAGAAGAGGGAGUAAUUAUAAUUGCAGAGGGUUUUAUUUUUAAUUAAUUAUUGAUUAAUGUAAUGACAUAUUCUAAAAAAACUAAGCAGGAUUAGUUGCAAAAAAAAGUAAUUUAAUUAGUCGGUAUUU